CUCAAAUUUGUUCAUUUACUCUCUUCUCCGUUUUGGGUUCUUCUUUUUGUUAUCUUCUUCAACUUUCAUGGCGGUUUCGGAACUCAACAAACCUUGAUUGUUUUUUCUUUUGUACCUUUGAAGCAGGUGACGAAGUCAAUUUCUUCAGUUCAGUAAGAUGUUUGAAGGGCCGGAGAGAAUGUAUGGAGAUUGCCAAGUACUAUCAUCCUUGGGAGGAAAUGGGGUUUCUUCAGAAUCCCUCUUUUCUUCGCCGAUCCAAAACCCUAACUUCAACUUCAUGGCUAACAUGCCUUUCCACACUUUUCCUCCAAUCAUACCUAAAGAAGAAAUAGGGCUAAUGAGAGGGAAAGAUGAGAUGGAAAGUGGCUCCGGAAGCGAACACAUGGAAGGAGUCUCCGGCAACGAGCAAGAAACUGAGCAACAACCAAAAAAGAAACGCUACCACAGGCACACUGCUCGCCAGAUCCAAGAAAUGGAAUCUUUAUUCAAGGAAUGUCCACACCCAGAUGACAAGCAAAGGCAAAGACUCAGCCAAGACCUAGGCCUCAAGCCCCGCCAAGUCAAGUUCUGGUUCCAAAAUCGUCGAACCCAGAUGAAGGCACAACAAGACCGGCAAGAUAAUGUGAUACUGAGAGCAGAGAAUGAGAGCCUUAAGAAUGAAAAUUAUCGGCUGCAAGCGGCGCUGCGAUGUAUCAUAUGCCCUAACUGUGGAGGUCCGGCGAUGCUUGGCGAGAUCGGUUACGAUGAACAGCAACUUCGGCUCGACAAUGCCAGGCUCAAAGAAGAGUUCGAACGUGUAUGCUGUCUUGCUUCGAGAUAUAGUGACCGCCCAAUCCAAUCAAUGGGACCAGUUCCUCUGCUUCCCCCUUCCUUGGAUUUGGACAUGAGUAUCUAUCCAAGGAAUUUCCAGGAGCCAAUGUCUGAAAUGAUUCCUGUACCUUUGAUGCCCGAAAAUUCCCACUUUCCCGGUGGUGGUCUUAUCAUGGAAGAAGACAAAUCACUAGCACUCGAGCUCGCCAUGUCAUCCAUGGAUGUGCUGGUGAAGAUGUGUCAGGCAGGCGAACCUCUUUGGAUCCGAAACAACGACAGUGGAAGAGAAGUGCUUAAUUUUGAAGAGCACACGAGGAUGUUUCAGUGGCCGAUGAAUCUUAAACAGAAUGGCAGCGAGUUCAGGAUGGAAGCUACCCGCGAUACAGCUGUUGUGAUCAUGAAUAGUAUCACUCUGGUUGAUGCAUUCCUAGAUGCAAAUAAAUGGAUGGAACUGUUCCCUUCCAUCAUUUCUAGAGCAAAAACUCUUCAAAUUGUAACUUCAGGCGUUUCUGGUCAUGCAAGUGGUUCCCUUCAUCUGAUGUAUGCAGAGAUGCAGGCUCUUUCUCCCCUGGUGCCCACAAGAGAGGCUCAUUUUCUUCGAUACUGCCAACAGAAUGUGGAGGAGGGAACUUGGGCAAUUGUUGAUUUUCCAUUGGAAAGUUUACAGGAAAGUUUUCAACCAUCCCUCCCAAGAUACAAGAGAAGGCCCUCUGGCUGUGUCAUCCAGGACAUGCCCAAUGGAUACUCUAGGGUGACUUGGGUAGAGCAUGCAGAGGUAGAGGAGAAAGCAGUGCACCAGAUAUUUGAUCAGUUUGUUAACAGUGGCAUUGCUUUUGGAGCUCACCGCUGGUUAGCUGUCCUUCAAAGACAAUGCGAGCGGCUUGCCAGCCUCAUGGCCAGAAACAUUUCUGACCUCGGAGUGAUACCAUCACCGGAAGCGAGGAAGAACUUGAUGAAUCUAGCACAGAGGAUGAUAAGGACUUUCUGUGUGAACAUAAGCACUUCCAGUGGGCAGUCAUGGACAGCCCUUUCUGACUCUGCAGAUGACACUGUUAGAAUAACAACCAGGAAAACCACAGAGCCAGGCCAACCCAGUGGCUUGAUUCUGAGUGCUGUGUCCACCACUUGGCUUCCACACCCUCACUACCAGGUUUUCGAUCUAUUGAGGGAUGAGCACCGCAGAGUUCAGCUGGAUGUUCUUUCAAAUGGGAAUUCAUUACAUGAGGUGGCUCACAUUGCAAAUGGUUCUCAUCCUGGAAAUUGCAUUUCUCUUCUUCGCAUAAAUGUAGCAAGCAACUCAUCACAGAAUGUAGAGCUCAUGCUUCAGGAGAGCUGCACCGAUGACUCCGGCAGCCUCGUGGUCUACGCCACUGUCAAUGUUGAUGACAUACAGUUAGCGAUGAGCAGCGACGAUCCAUCCUGCAUUGCCCUUCUCCCAUUGGGAUUCGUCAUAGUCCCCGUGGGACAAUCCACCGGCAACAACAAUGACUGCACCAACAUCAAUGGCGAUGAUGUUUCCGACACCCGAAACUUUCCCAACUCUGGCUGCCUCCUCACAGUUGGGCUCCAAGUCCUAGCUAGUACAAUCCCAUCUGCAAAGCUCAAUCUCUCGAGCGUUACCGCCAUCAACAACCACCUCUGCAACACCGUGCAACAAAUCAACGCCGCUCUUGUUGGUGGUGGUGAGAGUUGUCCUGAUAAUGGAAGCAUUGGAGGUUCUUCUACUGAGCAGCCAGCUACUGCUGCAGCUGCACCACCCAAGCAAACUGAUUAGGGUUUUGCAUCCCAAUUACCCAAAACCUCCCUAUCCCGUUCUCGGUAAAGAGAGAAUCCCUUGCCCUACAACAAGGGAAUUUUGGUCACUUUAACACUGGCCAUUAUAUUUUGGCAGAGUAUAGGAACACAAGCACAGAUCAUCUAUCCUACUCUUUGUUUUAUCUUCUGUCUCAUAUCAAUCACUAAAACGGUAUGAGACGGGAUGAACAAUGAUGCAAGGAGUAGGACAGAUGAUCUCAUGCCUAUCGCCUUGUCUAAGGCCACUGUGGUCAAAAGGGAAACACCUCUACCUUUAUUUUUUUUUGGUGGCUUUUUUGGUGGGAAGAGAUUGGGAUGUUAUGGGUAGUUAGGGAAAAAAAAAACUGAGGGCAGAAUGGUAAAUUGGGUGAGUGUAGUUUUUUUCUAUUUUGGGUAAAUAAAGAGAAAGGUGCAAUGUAGUAAUGUAAUGAAGGUGAGGCAGGUAGGUAGUAAGUUUGGGGGAGUAGGUGAGUGAGUUCACAGUGGAGAAAUUUAAUGACUUUGAGAGAGAGAGAGAGAGAGCAAAUGGUGUGGUGUGGGGAAGUCAAGAGCGCACCAGAUGUGACCCUUGCUCCCUGGUAAGGCUAAAAUGCGCAGUGGCCUCAACAGUGAGCAAGGGUGGUGGUUCGGGAAUUGACUUCUACUUUGGUUGGGCCUUUUCUUCUUCUUCUGUGUUUUCAAUGUUUUUGAAUGUUAUUAAUUACAAUCAAGCCCUUUAUUUGCUAAUAUUGUUCAUGCAUUUAUGUUUAUGUAUUUAUGUUAACAAGAAGUAUUUUGUUCUUGCUAUAUUGAUAUUUA